AUCUCUCAUGCGCGAAGGCUAAUGACGUGUCUGGCAGCUUUACGUAUGAAAACAAUCAAGCAUAGAACUGAAUACAGAAGCAAAGGGUUAGAAUACCGUGGGGUGUUUAUGUUGUUGCUUGUCACUGGUGUUGUCAGGUCGCGGCUGUGGUUUAGAAAUUGAUACGCUGUUUUUUUUCACUGUUUCUGGGAACCGGAGAGGUUUCUUGUUACUUUGUUAUGCACUUGCUGGAGUUCCAGCGGCUGCCUUGUCGUUUCACACGUCCGCUGAGUGCCUGGUGCGGCCAUGUCCCGUUGGUUUUUCCCGUGGUCUAGCUCCAUAAAGAAACGGGCCUGCCGCUAUUUGCUGCAGCAUUACUUGGGUCAUUUUUUCGAAGAGAGGCUGAGUCUCGAUCAGCUGAGUUUAGACCUAUACAAUGGCAGCGGAAGUGUCAGGGAUAUUCACUUGGACAUUUGGUCUGUGAAUGAGCUGUUGGACUCUAUGAGUGCACCAUUAGAGAUCAUAGAUGGCUUUGUUGGCAGCAUUUCUGUUACGAUUCCGUGGUCUGCUUUGGUUACCGAGAACUGCACUGUGGAGAUUACAGGCCUCCAGGUUACUUGCAGACCAAAAUAUAGAACUGCACAUGGCCCAGAAUUUCAGAGCUGGUCAUCUAUGACCACAAGCAUGCAACUAGCCCAAGAAUGUCUGAAGGAACAGCCAGAGGAGCCUUCAGAGCCUACUCAGCCUUUGGAAGGACUGGAAAUGUUUGCACAGACAAUAGAAACUGUACUGAGAAGGAUCAAAGUCACAUUCAUAGACACCAUUAUCCGCCUAGAGCAUGUACCUGAUGGGUCUAGACAUGGGGUUGCUCUGGAAGUGCACAUUAAAAGGUUGGAAUACUGUGAUGAAGCAGUGAAAGAUUCCAGUCAUCUGAUCCCUGUUGACAUCCACCAACCACCUGCCUUCAUUCAUAAAAUUCUACAGCUUAGUGGAGUUAAUUUGUAUUAUGAGGAGUUCCUGAACAGGAGUUGUACUCCUCCAGACUCUUAUGUACCACAGGAAAUGGACUCCUCAUUUUCCAGUGUUGGGUCAAGGACGUUUACAGAAUCCCACAGCAGGACUGUGGAACCAGCUUCCAGCCCUCUUCUUCAGAUUGGCACUUGCACAGGAUAUAUAGAAAUGACUGUAAAGCUAAAGCAAAAUGAAGCAUUUCCCGGGCCAAAGCUGGAGUUUGAUGGAAAGCUGGGCUCUUUGCACUUAUUACUUACCCCAAAGCAAAUAUCCUAUCUACAGGACUUGCUUGAUGCAGUAAGCACUUCAGAAGUGAACAACUUGAAAGAGAAAAUGAUCAAAGGUCGACCCAUUGUCUCAGAGGAUAUGAAGCUGAUUGAGCAGGAUCUCAGUAACCAGCUGCACUCUGGGCAAAGUUUCAACCAGUCCCUGGAUGAACGUCCAGAGUCUUCUCUGAGCACUGAGAAUGGAGAUAUGUUUUACUCCAUGAAUCCUCUGACCAGCAGUGUAACAUCAAUUCGGUCUGCCAGUGAGCUGUCUGAUGACCUUGACACAUCAGUUAUCAGUGAAUACAAUAGUUGUCAGCUGCAGCCUCCUUCACUUGCUACUGGGUUAAUUGUGAACAGUCCAAGGCGGUUUGGAAACUUUCCCUUUGCUGCUACUCUUCCACAUCCCCAAAACCUGAGCAAACGACCAGGCAAGACCUCACACACUCCCCUUGUAGAGACUGUAAAGUUAGAGAUGCUGCUGAAAGUAACACUUGGUGGAGUUACCCUCACUGUUCUGCAGCAUGAUCCAGAGAGUAUUUUAUCAGACUCCAGUGACAGUUGCUUAAAUCCAUCAUUGUGUAGAACUGCACAGCAUUUCUUUACAGAACUGGGAUAUUUUAAGGACACUGCUUUCAGUGAACAGGAUUUUAACCACCUCAGGCCAAAGUUUGAGAAAGCGUGCUUCCAGAGUAAUUUGAGAUUAACAGGAGCAGCAGUGCAGAUUGUAUGUGAACAGAAGGCUAGCACCAGUGUGCAGAUUAGGAAUGUAGAUCUCUGCUUCCGCAUGGUGGAGAUUUUGGAGUGCCUGUGUACCAAGACUACUGUAGCGGGAAUGCAGCAAAAGAUGAAAUACACAGAGAUUUUGAUGUUCAAGAAUCCCAGUGCCUUUAUUUGUGCCUCUCCACCCCGUCCAUGUGCCCAGAUACAUUAUAAGUGGACACAAAGGAGUGGAUCAAAGAUUAGUCAGAAGAAGCCUUCAGUUGCACAAAAUGCCGAGGUAUUUAUUGAAUUUAUGGAAUUUCAUUCAGAAGUAGACUUGGGAAUCAUGGAUCGUAUGAGCUCACUCCUUAGCCUUUUUUUAAUUGGAACAAAUGAACUAAAUAUGAAGAUGUCAUAUGAACAACAUUCAGUUCCUAAUUUUUCACAGAGCUGUAUUGAUCCUCUUUCUUUAACUGAACAACAGGUGAAAGUGCAGGUCUCUUCACCAAAGGCAAACUUUAGACUUCUUUUUCCUAUACCUGACUUGCGGCCAGAACCAGAGUGCAGGCCUUGGAAGGAGAAGGCAGUUCGUGGAGAAUACCUAACCCUGGAGUUCACUGACAUAGACUUCAAAACAGAAUUUAAUAGUGCUGCUAAAACAGAACCUGUCAAAUUAGAAGCUGUCUUUAGUGAUCUACAUGGUGUAUAUAAAGAUGGUGAAAAGCCUGCAGUGUCUUGUAUACGUGCUUGUAAAGUCCUAGAUCCUUUGUGCAAGGUAACGGGGAAGAAGUACAUUUUUCCAAAGAUAGUUGUAAUCAUUAAUCCAGACAGCACUGGCUUGAUCUGGGAUUUAAUAAUGGAGAAGAUGGACGAUGUAGAUCCCUGCACUGUAGAAAGCCCAUGUGAACUAAAACAGCCUGAUGCCUCACCUUUCUCCUCCAAACGCACCAUGUAUGAAACAGAAGAGAUGGUGAUCCCAGGAGAUGCAGAAGAAAUGGCAGAGUUCAAGAAAAAGACAUUAGCUAUGUCACAGUACGUUUUAGAUGUGACCCUACCCAGUGCUCAUGUCUUUUUGCCCAGCAAGGAGUUCUAUGAGAGUAUUUACAACAGGAUCAACAAUGACUUGUUGAUGUGGGAGCCCAGAGUUCCACCCAGUGGUAAAAGUAAAACACCAAGUGGAGUUCCAGUGCCUGGCCAUCCUUUGUUCAACACAACGUCUGGAUCAGUUUACAAACAGGACAACUUUCGAAUGUGUAAAUCUGCAUUUAGAUUAGAUUCAGACUCUGAAGAUGAAGACCACCAGUUUGACAUUGCUGAAGUAGUGGCACAGAAGAGAAAGGCCGAGCAGCGAGCUCACAGUUUCCUCUCUGCAGUGGUUAACAUCAAGAAAGGCAGGUUAACCUUGAUUGCUGAUGCCAAGAAUGAAACUGGAAAGAAGCUGGAAGAUUCACAUGGAGAACUUGUUCUUGAUAUUGAAAAUGGAACUGUAUUUAGUGUGUCACAGUUUAAGGGACAGGUGGACCUUAGCUACCUCUGCAUCGAGUCAGACAAAGUAGCACUUUAUCAUAAAGCUGUCUUAGAAGACUAUUUGUUGCCAGAAAAACUUGAAGUGCCAAACUCUACUCCUCCUGAAAAUCUGAACCCCAUAAUCUAUUGCUCUGAGGAUGGAGUAAUGGCCAAACUGUCUGCUGGGAGGAAGGACAGGAGUCCAAAUAUGCUUUCAGUAACCAUCAAAAUUAGUCUGGAUACCAAGAAAAACAUUAAGGAAUUUUUAGUUGCCUUGAGACUGCAAGCAGCAACAGUGCGUCAUCACAUGGCGUUAACCAACCAAAGCUGGCAUGCACAACUGAUUGAUUUCCUUGAUGUUAUUGAUGAUCCUAUACUUGGGUAUAUUCCUCCUACUGUCAUCACUGUCCUACAUACCCACUUAUUCUGCUGUGCUCUUGAUUACAGGCCUCUCUACCUCCCAGUACGAGUAGUAAUCACAGUUGAGACCUUCACAUUGUCUAGUAAUAUUAUAGUAGAUACAUCUACCUUCCAUCUCAGGUUCAUUUUGGAUGAUUCUGCUGUUUACCUAUCUGACAAAUGUGAAGCUGAGAUAGUAGAACUGAGGAAAGAUUAUGUAUGCGUGCUGGAUGUAGACCUCCUAAAGCUAGUGGUAACAACCUGGAAAGGCAGUUCGCAUGGAAAGCUGACUCAGCCACUUUUUGAAUUGCGUUGUUCAAACAAUGUUGUUCAUCUUCACACCUGUGCCGACUCCUGUGCCAUGCUGAUAAACCUGAUACAGUAUGUUGUCAAUAGUGGCGAUCUCCACCCACCUCCAAAACAGGAAAGUCCAACUGAGAUUGCUGGACAGAAAUUGCAGCUCUCAGAGAGUCCAGCUUCAUUGCCAGCAUGUUUGCCAGCUGAGACAGCAGAGAUUAACCAGGGUGACUUGGCUGAUGCACUAAUGGACAGUGACAGGAACUUUAAAGAUCUCUCAUUUGGAUCAGGUGAGAUGAUAUUAUUGCGCCAGAACUCCCCAGUGUCAGUUUAUCUGUUCCCUGGUGAAAAUCGUACAGCAGAAAGACGUCAUGCUGAGCCUUUAAAUUCUGGUGCUACCAUGGAUGGACUGGAUUCCUUUCCAUCAGAUGGCAGUGAAGUGGAAAGUGACUCAACAGAUAAUGAUGACUUCUGCAUUUUAGAUGCUCCUGGCAUGGGCAUACCUGCCAAAGAUGGUGAACCAUCUGUUACAAGGUUAGUGGAUGGACCAAUUUCAGUUAAAGAUGGACAUUUUUCACGUCCUUUAGGCAGCACUGAUCUGUUGAAGGCACCAGUGAGAUUUCCAAUGCCAGAAACUCGAAUUAUGCUACGAGAAAUCUCAGUGGUUUGGCAUCUAUAUGGAGGAAAAGACUUUGGUGUAACACGGUCGUCUUCAGCACAUUCCCCAAGAAUUAGGUCUGGUUCUGCAAGUGCUCGGAGUUCCCCUUCUAGGACUUCUGUUACCAAUCGACCUCAGAACACUUGGCGAACACAGGGCGGAACUGGCAGAGUUCAUGAUAUUCUAAUGGAAAUACAGCUCACCAAAGUUAGCUUUCAGCAUGAGGCCUAUCCGACAUCCAAUGCAGUUGUGGAGAAGGAGCUGGCAGAGAAUUCAGGACCUGAAGUAGUGGAACAGCCAGUUGCGAGACAGGUCUUUAUUGUUCAAGAGCUUGAAAUUAGAGACCGCCUGGCAUCUUCUCAAAUCAACAAGUUCCUGUAUCUCUACACCAGUGAGAAGAUGCCCAGGAGGGCUCAUUCAAACAUGCUGACCAUUAAGGCUCUCCAUGUACAUCCUGAAUCAGGAUUAGGUGGCCAAGAGUGCUAUUUGCGUGUGUCCUUAAUGCCAUUGCGUCUUAAUAUUGACCAGGAUGCCUUGUUUUUCCUGAAAGAUUUCUUUACAAGCCUGGCUACAGGAAUUAACCCUGUCGUUCCUGUUGAAGUUGGAACAGAUGCUCUUAAGUCUGAUGUUAGUCAAAGGUCAAGCCUCUCACUUGAUCCCGAGGUAACUAAUAAAGAAAUGGAACCAGGACAGAGUUUGUCUGCUAAGGGACAGGAUAUAUCUGCAUCUAUGGAUACAACCAUCAGUGAGAACAGCUCCUCCUCAACAGCUUCAUCAUCUACAGAUCAGCCAAUUUUUUUCAGAGAAUUUCGGUUUACAUCAGAAGUGCCAAUUUGGCUGGACUACCAAGGGAAGCACAUGACAGUGGAUCAAGUUGGCACAUUUGCUGGUAUUAUGAUCGGUCUGGCCCAGCUGAACUGCUCGGAACUCAAACUAAAGAGGCUGUGCUGCCGACAUGGGUUACUAGGAGUCGACAAGGUUGUCAACUAUGCUCUAAACGAAUGGCUCAGUGACAUUAAGAAGAACCAGUUGCCAGGAAUUUUGGGAGGAGUCGGACCUAUGCACUCAGUUGUUCAGCUCUUUCAUGGUGUCAGGGAUCUGUUUUGGAUGCCAAUCGAACAGUAUCGGAAGGAUGGGCGCAUUAUCAGGGGGAUACAGCGUGGCGCUGCUUCCUUUGGAACUUCAACUGCCUCAGCAGCAUUGGAGCUCAGCAACCGACUUGUACAGGCUAUACAAGCAACUGCAGAAACUGUUUAUGAUAUCGUUUCCCCAACACCUCCUAUUACAAGAGCUGUAAUGGACAAAAGACAUUCAAGAAGACACCAGAGAGCCCAGCAGCCUGCAGAUCUGCGGGAAGGAGUGGUAAAAGCAUAUGAUACAGUUAGAGAGGGAGUGAUUGACACAGCCCAGACGAUCUGUGAUGUUGCUACACGUGGACAUGAGCAAAAGGGUAUCACUGGAGCAGUGGGUGGCGUCCUAAGACAGAUCCCUCCCACUGUCGUCAAACCACUUAUUGUGGCAACAGAGGCCACCUCAAAUCUUCUUGGAGGGAUGCGUAAUCAGAUUAAGCCAGAUGCUCGGAAGGAAGACUUUUUGAAGUGGCGAUUAGAUGAAAUACAGGAGUAAAUGUUCAAUUUCAGCAUUUUGCAUUAUCAAGUGCCAUCAUGAUAGUUUUAAAAUUUAUAACUGCAAAUCAAAUCACAUGAACACAAAAGCUGGUGCUUUAUUUUAUUUUUUUAAGGUUCUGAUACAGUCCCUUUGACCUAGUCCUGCAAAAAAGUUCACAAACCAUGUUUGAAUUUUCCCAGUAUUGCUACGCACAGUUGAGUACAUCUGCUUGUUUUUCAGAUGGGGAAAGUCCUUUUGACCUUUUGAAAGACAGAUUGCAAAUUACUACAGGAGAGUGUUAAUAUUUGUAUGUAUAUUAAGAGAAAUAUGCAUUUGUCAAACUCAAGUCAUAUAAAAAUGUAAUUAUUGUAA